AUGUCUUAUGUCGAUGAAGCUCCUUCGAAAACUUGGAUACUGAACCAACUGCAGUUGCUCACCUCACCAGUUUGGGGCGCAAUUAAAUAUGGCCUGAAAGUAUGCAGCGCUAUUGCAAAUUUAAUAUAUCUGUUGUCGGUAAGGCCUUUCAUUCAACUAUUUAGAACCUUUUUUUGGUCUCCAGCAAAAAUACUGGUCCGAAAUUUGACGAACUUAGCACUAUUACCAACCAAUGUCCCGCUCUUUCUGUUUUACAAUACGUCAAUUAGUGACAUUACUGAAAUGAACCUGCAUUUGACAUACGUAACUAUCACCCUCUGCUUGCAAUACCUGAUCACAAUGAUCUUCAUUGGGAUUAGUUUCGGUAUAUGGUUCGGCAUUAUAUUGGGCAUUUUGCAUAGAAUGAUCCGUAUACCUGACAAAAGAGUGGACAUAUUCGGAAGUCUGACGAACCGCAUACGCCGUUUCGUAAUAAGGGAAGAAGAGCAGAUCAAGAGCACACCGAAUUCAUGGCAGUAUACACAAGCAUAUUCUCCUUCUACCAAUGCCAGCCCUGGAACUCGAGUCAACCAACCUCAGCGAAAAGUUUCACGGUCCUCUCGUGGAAGCUCCUCUAACCUUGCUUCCAAACUUCCUCAUGACUUUUUCCAAAUGAAAGUACCAAGGACCCCGUUGCGACCUGGAAACUCUAAAGGUGAUUCGUCGCGGCUCUCAGAAAUGAGCAACGAACUCGACGAUGAUACUGCAUCUAUGUCCUCAAACAUGUGGGACCCACACGAGGAGCUUCCAGAUACGCUAAAAACGGAGACCACUGCUCGUGGUUCAACGUACCACCGCUCCUUGUAUGCAUCGGGCUUGGAACAGCAUAAUUAUACCCACCUCAAGCCAGUGAAUCAUUAA